AAUACAUUCCAGUCAUGAGCCGCCCGAUAGUGCUGUCCGGCGUCAGAACCACCAUCUGGACUUCCGUCUACGCCGAUAUCUCGGACGUUAAACUCACCGACUGGAUUUGGGAAGAAAGAGAACGUGAAAAGAUUCGCAAAUUAUAUUCCAGAGAAAGAGAAAAACACCAGAAAGAAGCCGAAUAUAUAGAAUCUCAACCGAUGGAGGUUACUUCGGACGAAAACAUUACCAAUUUCGAUAUUCUUAAUGCCGGACCACACGCUUCCGUAUCUUCGGAACCGGAGACCACCAGGAAGACGACAAAAAAGAAAAAAAUUGUCGACACUACUUAUAGCCAUCUAAAGCGAGAUCUAUUCCCGUUUCGGAUAAAAUGUUGAAAAGAUUGCUUGUCGAUAAUUUAAUGCGCCAUUAAAGAUCUUUUUAAAAUUAAUGACUUCGUGUUAACAACGUAAGAAAUUCGAAGCACAUAAUGUCAAGCAUCAAGUUUUUUCUUAUAAAUAUGGCAUCUAAAAAUGCGCUGAAGAAAACGAGCGAUGUUCCGAACAACAUCCAUCAUCGAUCUAAUUCGUAUGCGUAAGAAAUGUGUAAUUGAUACAACGAUGGCGUAAACGGAUCCGACCGAAGGGAAAAGGAGUCUCGCUGCUCUUUUUGAUUCAAAAAGUAUCGUAUUUAUUAACACAGAUAUUUUCGAUUAAUAUUAUAGUUGUCUUUGGAUCAAUAAGUAAGAAAUAUUAAAGGUUAAUGUAGAUACUAGUUUCCGGGAAAAGUAAUUUGUAAAAUGAGAUAACGGAACUUAAAAGAAAACUUACAUUUUUCUUGAACUAUGUAUAAUAAUCUGUUUUGUCAUAAUAUAUAGAUAACUAAAUGCAUUUUCUCCCGAGGUCUAGCCGUUACAUGGUUUACCAGUUUCUAUCGCACACGUUUUGAAAGCGAUUGAAACACUUAUUUUGUCAUCCUAUAAAUUUAUUCUCAUAUUUUUGGCGUAUUCUUCUGUAGUCUUUCGGUUCUAUUCGGAGGAGUUUAUUUAUUUAUUUAUUUUUAGACGAGUUUCUCUACUAACGCUCUCUAUAUA